AUGGGUGGGCAUUGGGCAAGUCAUGCGAGCAAAAAAAAACACCCAUUUGCAACUAAAUUCAACUCACUGUUGGGGCCGGUGGCCGCCGGACGUAUACCCAUCGGUGGACGUCACGUACAGCAGCCCAUCCAGUUUCACGGCACACAGUGCCGACCUCAGGUGACUCGAUUCGCUCCCAAACGAGUCCACAUCGAUCAAGUCGAAGUAAUCCCUCUCCAGAUAGCACUCGGUCAGAAGUCGAUUCGCCUCCAUGUGCUUCACCACCCAGCUCCUCAUCCCGCCGCCGCCGCCCGAUGCCCUCUCCAAGUUACUGGAGAUGACGCCGCCGUACUCGUGGUUCGCGUCGUUGGCCACCACGAAGUCGGCGCCGGCCUCCGCGAGGUACCGCAUCGAACGGAUCCCGCAGCCGCACAUUGCGUCGAGCACCCUGAGGGAGUUACUGGAUUGCCUGUGGACGGCGGCGGAGAGCACGCCGAGAUCGCGCCCGGUGAAGCUCUCGCGGCGGAAGAAGGUGCUGCCGACGUCGAAGGUGAAGCCACGCUCGGUCUCCGGCGGAGUCUCCGAUUUGCAACAUUUUGUUGCGGGGAUUUGGGGGUAAGGGAGGUGAAGGGAAUUGAGGGUUUAAGGUGGAGCGUUGUGAACAUGGUGGAGAUUUUAUGA